AUGAGCAGCAACAGCAGCAGAGAGCCGAGUUGCUGUCUCGGAUAUGCGAGAAACGACAGAGAAACGAAGACGCCGGGGGGUCAAGUGAACGGGAAGAAGGACCACAAGUCGCCGGAAGAGAAGGGCAGAGAGGGAAAUGUAACCGGUCUGAGAAAAGAGAGAAAUCUCUUGAAUUAUGGCCUGUUCAGCGCCCCCAAUUGCAUAAGUUGUAAGGUCAUGUUUGGUGAACUUCUUCUACCUGAGGCUGUCGGAGGUCCCGCGGUGCAGCGCAUCAGAAGAGUCUCUCUUCUCACCCUCUCUCCCCCCGCUUAG